AUGGUUUACUUUGAGUGUGGCUUGUGCAAUGAAACAGUGAAGAAGCCAAAGCUGGCUAAACAUCUGCAAAGUUGUGGGAGCUCUUGGGUGAGCUGCAUCGAUUGUUCCAAGGUUUUCGCGUGGAAUGAAUGGGAAAAGCACACCAGCUGCAUGUCAGAAGCGCAGAAGUACCAGGGCAACUUGUAUCAAGCCAAAGAGAGCACCAACAAGGGGCAGCUGAAGCAAGACACCUGGGUGGAUGGGGUGCGACGAGCGAUUGAAGACCCACAGAGCGAUAUUGCUCCGCAGAUCAGGAAUUUGGUCCAGAAACUGCUGGGUUUUGACAACAUCCCCCGGAAGCAGAAGCCUUUUGGCAACUUUGUUAAGAACUCCCUCAAGAUUUGGGACCAGCCCAAGAUCGAUGCAAUGUGGGAUGUGAUUGCGGUUGCAAACGCCAAGCCAGUAAAUGGAAAGCCAACUGGAGCAGCAGGGCCUGCAGCUGCCGAAGAGAACAAGCCGCCUGCGAGGGCAGGCUGGCCAGGCUGGAAGCGCGCCAUCGACGAAGAGUUGAAGUCGGGUGCCAUGCCCUGGAAGCGUUUGUGCACGCGUGUCGUUGAACGAUAUCGCGAGAGUGGACAUUCCGGUGACAAUGAUGAGCUUGAACUUCAGGCCCUCAGCAGCAUUCCAGAGGAUUACUGCUGUCCGAAGACUCCCACAGUUAAGCUGUGCGCCGCCUGA